ACGUCGCCGCGAACAAAUCAUAAAAUCAAACCGCUAGUAACGUUGUCACUGCGACAAACUCUUGUGUUUUUAUUUAUAAAUCUAAAUUCAUCGUAACAAUGUCCGAGACUUUCUUCGACGAGUACGAUUACUACAAUUUCGACCAUGACAAACACAUCUUCUCUGGACACAGCGGCAAACAGCGCACGAAGAAGGAGGUAAGCGAACACACAAACCACUUCGAUCCGUCUGGCCAUUCCAGAAAGAUCGUCACUAAAAUGGUGAACACGCAGAAUAAUAAGAAAGCAAGCAACAAGAAUUAGAUAAGUAUGCAAAAUAAUAAGACAAUGGCUUGUGUACGGACAUACGAUUUGCCGAGCGAAAGGAGGUCGUUGUGGCAGAUGCCCGAGAAAUUUGGGCCGCUGCUUCUCAGAGAUCAAUGGAACAUCCAAUGCGGUUCCUGCUGAUGCAGAGAUUCCACUCCGCAUACUAUAGCCACAGGAAGCAAGACCGAGGCCACGCAGAAUUGAACCGGGAAGUGAUUGCGAAACUAUGAGUGCACACCAGUGAAUUCUAUUUUGGACAUAACAUCGUUCCAUGCGACUGAUCUCAUCUCAAACUGGGCUUGUUGUAAAGCUCAAAUUUGCUGUGUUAUUAAUUCCUAGUUAGAUUAUUAUACGUUAAUUUUGUAUCUUUCACGGGGUACACAAAGGACUGUAAUAAUAAUUUAAGGCAAUAAAUAUACUUAGUAACUAUUUAAUAA